AUCACUCGCUCAAACACAAAAUAGGAGCAAAUUAUCUAACCGAUAUCAGGCAAAUUAAGGUCCCCGAAUCAUAGUGGGAUAGUGAGUUGUGCCAUCAUCCCCAACACCACAACUGACAACUCUCUCUAAUUCUAUCUAUCAUCCAACUCCUCCCUCUUGUUUAAGUUUGCAUUCAUCCCACAAUCCCAGAAUUUAACACAAUUACUCCUACUACGUAUAAAUUUCGGAAAAUUUCUGAUCUCACCCACGUGGUCUCGGAUACUUUAUUUAUUUAUUCUUUCAAUUCAACGAACAAACUUCAAAUCUUCAUCAUCGUUGUCUUUUCCAGAUCCAAAUCCACCUACGUUUGCCCGUCUUUUAUACUGUCACCAUACGAUUUUUACCCACUUCCUCAAAAACCCUAAAAACCCCCCUAAUUAUUUGAUUUUCUGGGUUCCAAGAUUUAAAAUUUAGAGAUGAAGGAUAAGAAAUCUUCGAAAUUGAACCAUCUACAUCAGAAUGGUCACACUUCUCCGUUUAAAUUGGGCAAAUUGUUUGAUCCUGAUGUUUCCUGGGAUAAGGAUCAACUAGGAGAUGUUCUACACUGGACUCGACAAGUGGUGGCACUUGUGUGUGGUUUAAUUUGGGGCGCUAUUCCUUUGGUUGGAGGCAUAUGGCUUAUAUUAUUCUUGGCAAUUUCAUCUGCUAUUGUGUAUGGGUAUUAUGCAUUGAUACUUAAGGUUGAUGAGGAAGAAUAUGGUGGUCAUGCAUCUCUCCUCCAAGAAGGGCUUUUCGCAUCAGUGACACUAUUUCUGCUUGCGUGGAUUCUAGUAUACAGCUUGGGGCACUUUUGAUAGAUUAGGCAGCAAGAACUCUUCUUGGUCGAUAUUGAGAUAAUCUAGUGCCACAUUUUCUUAUUUGCCUUUAACAAUUAGAUGAUUUAUUACAUUUGUAUUUGUUUAAAGUUUGUGCUUUCUUAGUUAUACUGUGAACACAAACUUGUUAGCGUUUAAGGCGAUAGCAAAGUCGUUUUAACCGUCUUUUCACGGAAGUUCUAAUGAUUUUUACAAAA